GCAGAAGCUGUGCAACCGCGGCAUUUAGCAGCAUGGCCAACGCACCAACUCUAAACUUUAACUCACACCACGCGCUUUCUUUCCGCCAACAUGUCCGCUUCCCUUCGCUCUCGCUAUGAGGCUGCCGGCCAGGCUCACCUCUUCAAUUUCUGGGACUCCCUCUCCGCAAGUGAACAGAAGGAUCUGACGGACCAACUCGAAGCCCUCGACAUUGAACGCGUCAACCGCAUCUACAAGAGGGCCGUUGAAGCAGACGCUGCUGCCGCUGCCCCUGGCCACCAAGAUCCCAUCGAACCUCUGCCUGCAGAUGCUUCGGACUCGGUCAAGGACGCGGCGAAGGAGAGAGAGUGGCGCCAGAUUGGUCUCGAAGCCGUCGCAUGCGGAUCUGUCGGCGUGUUGCUUAUGGCCGGUGGACAGGGAAGUCGUCUUGGGAGCAGUGCCCCCAAGGGCUGCUACGAUAUCGGUUUGCCGUCCCACAAGUCGUUGUUCCAGUACCAAGCCGAACGCAUCUUGCGCCUGCAAACGGUUGCAGAGGAGGAAUUCAAGAAACCCGCGGGUUCUGUCGUCAUCCCCUGGUAUGUCAUGACCAGCGGCCCCACCCGGCGCGACACGGAGGAGUUCUUCGCCAAGAACUCGUACUUUGGACUGGACUCGAAGAACAUCAUCUUCUUCGAACAAGGCACGCUUCCGUGUCUCACAAACGAUGGUAAAGUCUUCCUUGAAACUACCUCGCGCGUCGCUGUUGCUCCCGACGGCAACGGCGGCCUCUACGCGGCGACGCGAAGCCCGCUGUCGCCGUCCGAUAAAUCGCGCACCGUCCUUUCCGAUCUAUCCAAGCGCAAAGUGCUCUACGUACAUGCCUACUGCGUAGACAACUGCCUCGUUCGUGUCGCCGAUCCUGUGUUCCUCGGUUGUAGCAUCAAGAAACAGGCCGAUUGUGCGGCCAAAGUCGUGACGAAAGCCUCGCCAACGGAGUCGAUGGGGGUCAUCGCCUACCGCGGCGGCAAGUUCAGUGUGAUUGAGUACUCGGAGAUCACGAAGGAGCAGGCCGAAAAACGCGACCCAUCUGGAGAGCUGUCGUUCCGCGCGGGGAACAUCGCCAACCACUUCUAUACGACGGCUUACUUAAACAAGGUGGAAGCUUUCGAAGACGAUCUCGCUUUCCACAUUGCGCGCAAGAAGAUUCCUCACGUCGAUCUGGAGAGCGGCCAAGUGGUCAAGCCAACGAAGCCGAAUGGAAUGAAAAUGGAGUUAUUCGUGUUUGACGUGUUUCCGCACACCGAGCGGUUCUCCGUGCUGGAGGUUGCGAGAGAGGAAGAGUUCAGCCCUCUCAAAAAUGCACCCGGCACUGGCUCUGACGACCCCGAGACGAGUCGCCGCGACUUGCUGGCCCAACACAGGCGCUUCCUGGAGAAUGCGGGCGCUCGCGUUGAUGCCGGCAUUGAGAUCGAGAUCUCUCCGCUGGUAAGUUAUGCCGGAGAAGGGUUGGAGAGCGUAAAGGGAAAGACGUUCAGCAAGUCCGGUUCCGUUGGAGAGCUUGUUGAGCUCGAUGCGUUGGUCUGAAUGGGCUUGGAAUAUCACGGACUCGAUGUACUCAGUGGUGUAAGAUGUUGAUUUGGAAAUCGGUUUCCUACGUACUGGGCUACCCAU